AUGCAGCACUACCUCUAUAACCUCCAAAGACUGCUAGCAGUAGGAGCCGUUAUGGCUGACGACUUCCACGCCGUUGACCUUCCGUCCAACUUCCAGGUUCCGCCCGGCUUCGAGCCGUGGACCCAAAACUUCACCCUCAUCGUGCCGGUUGUGAUGGGCGACGAACCCAAAUGGGCAGUCACCACAGUCAACAUGGCGGAUGUCAACUAUUGGAGCGUGAACACCGCCCGCCUUGCUACCAGCAAUGGGGUAGGUCUUGGUGUAUCGAUCAUGCUUCUGGUUGUUCUCGUCCUCUUGACCAAGGCUGAGAAGCGGAAGUCCUUCAUCUUCUACCUCAACACCGCUUCCCUCUUCACCAACACCAUCCGCUGCCUGCUUCUCGCCAUGUAUCUUAGCAGCACCUGGAACGACCCUUACAGCGAUGUUACCCCAUAUUCACCACCUCUGACCAAUGCGGACUGGGCUAUCUACGUCUUAAUCAACGUUUUCAGUCUUAUCGUCGCUAUCCUAGUCUACGCUUCACUCAGUCUCCAAGUCUGGAUCGUAUGCGUCACUACACCACCUCUACAUCGCACCAUCAUCAUGGGUGCAACCACCACAGUGGCCUGCGCUGCUUUUGGAGUCAAGUUCGCUUUCGUCUACCUGAAUACCAAAUACGCAUUGGACAAUGUGUCACCCGAUUCUCUGGCAGCACUGGACGGGAUGACCUACAUCAUGCAAACUAUAUCCAUCUGGUUAUUCAGUUGCGUGUUCACCUGGAAAUUGGGACAUGCCAUCCUUCAGAGGCGCCGUCUCAACAUGCCUAGAUUUGGACCGAUGCAGAUCGUCUUCAUCAUGGGCUGUCAGACAAUGUCAAUACCAGCUAUUUUCACAUCUCUCCAAUUUGUUGAGAGCAUCCCCCCUGAGAUUGUCUCCCACGUUCUCACAAUCGUCUGCAUCUUCCUUCCCCUCUCGGCUAUGUGGGCGGGUGUUGCCCACGAUCAAAACGCUGCUCCCAGAGGCCUACGAUCCACCAAGAAUAAGCUCCAUGGCAAGCCCGCAACGUCUACUUUGACGGACAGUUCCACCGCCUGUGGAAAUAGUUCUCAGAUGAGCUCGUGGUCGGAUACCAUGAACAAAGAUCAUAUGAGCUCUGCCACUGCUCCCACAUACCGUGACCACCGCACGAGCGUCGAGGACAACUGCAUCCGGGUAGACCGCAAAUUCGGUUUCUCGCACGAAGACGCCGCGGACCGAGUCUGA